CAAACUUGUUAUUGACUCGCUUGGCCGAACGUCAAUUUUCUCGUAUAACCUUUCCCGAAAACUAGACAAAAUUACUAAAAAGAAGAACGGCCUACUUAUGGAGAGUAAGGAAGUGACCAAUCUAAAGCGACCGGUAGAAACAGCAGAAGAAGAUGACGUACGAAAAGGGAAGAAAAAGAGGGGGAAGGCUGAAGUGGAGGAGGAACAGACCCCCACCGAGGUGAAAGAGGAAGUGAAGCCGGAGAAGACGGAGAAGGAGGAGGCCGAUGGAGAAGCGGAGCAGGACGACCCUACAGUUGGCUUGGAAGGAGCCUCGUUCCAGAGUCGCAUGCCCUCGGACAAGCUCACCACCCUGGAGGGAUCGCUCUUCUCCGACAUUGUCAAGAGCCCCCCCCCCACCCACCGGCUCUUCCUCCACAUCAGGAACAGAAUCUUGCAAAUGUGGCUUGAAAAUCCUCUGCAAGAACUGACUUAUGAAGGCGUCAUGGCAAACCUCGAACAACCUUUCAACUCCGAGAGCGUGCUGUGUGCUCGCAUCCAUGCCUAUCUAGAACGCCAUGGGUACAUCAACUUUGGCAUCUUUAAGCGUGUGAAGCCGUUGCCGCAGAAGAAGUACGGGAGCAUCAUUGUCAUCGGUGCCGGCAUUGCGGGACUUGCGGCUGCCCAGCAACUCAUCUUUGGGUUUGAGGUCAUUGUGCUGGAGGCCAGGGACCGGGUUGGGGGCAGGAUAGCAACCUUCCGAAAAGGGGCAUACAUCGCCGACCUUGGAGCGAUGGUGGUGACAGGGCUGGGAGGCAACCCUCUUAAUGUCCUCUCCAAGCAGAUCAACAUGGAACUCAUCUGUAUCAAGCAGAAGUGCCCACUGUACGAGUCCAACGGGAAUACGGUACUAAAGGAUAAAGAUGAGAUGGUCGAGAGGGAAUUUAAUCGUCUCCUUGAAGCAACCAGCUUUUUGUCCCAUCAGCUUGAUUUCAAUUACGUUGACAACCGGCCUAUUAGUCUCGGGGAGGCGCUGGAGUGGGUUAUCAACUUGCAAGAAAAGAAUGUUAAAGAAAAACAAGUUAAUCAUUGGAAAACCGUUGUCAAAUUACAAGAGAAGCUCAAGACUGUUCUUAAUAAGAUGCACACACUACAUGGAAAGAUUGAAACCCUUCAUAAAGAGCAUGAACAGCUGAGCGAAAAGAGAAAUUCCCGAAAUAUCACAAAUGAAUUUGUUUACCGUGUAAAGCUGCGGGAAUUGCAGAAUGCUUGCAAGGAGUGGGACCAGCUAGUCGAACAACAGCGAGAGAUCGAGGACAAACUGCAAGAACUCGAGGCAUCUUCGCCGAGCGACGUCUAUCUCUCGUCCCGCGACAGACAAAUCUUGGACUGGCACUUCGCUAAUCUCGAAUUUGCCAAUGCCACGCCCUUGCAUAACCUCUCCCUCAAGCACUGGGAUCAGGAUGAUGACUUUGAGUUCUCGGGCAGCCACCUCACAGUUCGAAAUGGAUACUCGUGUGUUCCAGUAGCCCUCAGUGAAGGCCUAGAUAUCCGGCUAAACACCGCAGUGCGUAAAAUAUUAUACACAAACACUGGGGUCGAGGUCACGGUGUCAAAUGCUCGUAACCAUUCCAAUCCGGCGACUUUAAAAGCUGAUGCAGUUCUGUGCACACUACCUCUGGGUGUUUUAAAGCAGUCAGUUAUUGCCAACCAGAAUGCUCCACACACUGUCACGUUCAGCCCACCUUUGCCACAGUGGAAAGUUGAUGCGAUUUCGAGACUCGGAUUCGGAAAUCUCAAUAAGGUCGUUCUGUGUUUCGACCGAGUGUUCUGGGAUCCAAAUGCGAAUCUCUUUGGACACGUGGGAUCUACCACAGCAAGCAGAGGUGAGCUCUUUCUCUUCUGGUAUUUAUACCGCGCUCCAGUACUCCUAGCGCUGGUCGCAGGAGAAGCCGCGGCAAUUAUGGAAAAUGUCAGUGAUGAUGUCAUUGUUGGCCGUUGCAUUGCUGUGCUUAAGGGAAUCUUUGGCAACUCUUCUGUACCACAGCCUAAAGAAACAGUAGUAACCAGAUGGCGUGCAGAUCCUUGGUCCAGGGGCUCUUACUCUUUCGUCUCCACGGGGGCAUCUGGCAAUGACUACGACAUCCUGGCCACACCCAUCUCUCCACACCAGGCCAAUCAGAACCCACAGAAUUCACAGAACUCGACUGAUGCACCUUCCCCUCCUCCGAGACUGUUCUUCGGAGGGGAGCACACCAUCCGAAACUAUCCAGCCACAGUCCAUGGAGCCUUGCUCAGCGGUCUUCGCGAGGCAGGACGGAUUGCAGAUCAGUUCUUGGGCUGUCCUUAUGCUGCCCCAUCCUCACCUCCCACGAACGGCACUGCCAAGAUCGAGACUUAGUGUUCCGGGGAGGGGUGUACGUGGAUUAAUAAUUUAAAGGGGGGGGGGGAGCUUUUCAGAUCUUACAAUUGAGUGUUAGUUUUAAUCCUCUUAAAGACUAGUGGCAUCUUCUUCUUCUUUUUUUCUCUCUCUCUCUCUCUCUCUCUCUCUCUCUCUCUCUCUCUCUCUCUCUCUCUCUCUCUCUCUCUCUCUCUCUCUCUCUCUCUCUCUCUCUCUCUCUCUCUCUCUCUCUCUCUCUCUCUCUCUAUUUUCUCUAGGAGGUUGUCUACUUACUUUGUUUCAGAGUCAGAUGAAGGAUAUUAUGUCUCUGCUUUAUAUUUCAUGCUUUAAUGACAACUUUGAAGCAAACAAGUCAGUGCUAUGUUAUGAGAAUGAUAUACAAGCUGAGAGGGAGAAAAGAGAAAAAAAGAAAAUAAACGAAAAAAAAAUAGACUGCAUUAUUAUUUUACUCAUGAAAUUUAUACAGAAAACAGUUUAAUUUAAAUAAUUUUCAAAAUGACUGCACAAUAUCUACAGUGCCAUUAUAUCUCAAUUGUGCUAUUUUAUAUUCAUAACGCAAAACUAUGAAAUAGAUUUGAAAAAACUUAUAACCAUAAAGCUAGUUUUGUAUUUGGAUGCUCUAGAAUUUUUAAAAACUUAAGGUUCAAAUUUCAUAAAAUACUAUUUAGAAGUCCAGUAUUAAUUUACAUAAAUGUACAUAUCCGCCUUUUGAUUUGUAGUGAUUGAUAAAGGAGACCUUUCAGAAAUUUGUGCAUUUUCAGUGUAAAAAGAUUAGCAUUUACACAUGGUAUGUUUGUUCAGGUUUUUCCUUCAUCAAGGUACAUUUACUUGUAUACUGUGCGUGUGUAAAUGUGCUUUAAAUGUUCAAAAGAAUCACUGUUUAUUUAUAGUCAUUGAUUUGUAAAGAAUUUCUCUCCUGGCAUAACUAUUCAGCCAAAUGUAUUUACUUGUUUGUUUUCUACAUUUUCAAUUUAAACUCGGUUUUAUCAAAACAUCAAAGAAGUUUAGAUAUUUAAAAAUACAGAUCUCACAAAUCCACAGUGCUUUUUUUUUUAAGGCCAUUUUCACACUAUGUAUAAACAUUGGAUCCCUUCUUUUUGCUUUGUAUUUAUAACUGCAAUGUUAGCAAUCUAGGUUCCAUCCAGUUUCAAGUCUUCAUUUGACUCAGGCUAGGGUUUUAUGCAUUUACAAAAACAAACAGAAAAAGGUACAAUCUUUUGACAUCAUACAAGAGUAAGAUGCCAAACGUAAGAUAAUGAAUUUCUUGCUUUUAUAUCCCUAUUUUUUAAGCACUUAAAACUAAAAAAAAAAAGGUAAAAAGACAGUGCUUUGCCACAUUAUAACUUCUGUCUUUAAAUUAUUAUAUUACAUGUGGCAAAUCACUGACUCGUGGAAGUCACUCUCUGGUUUAAAGCCGGAGAAUGUAGUCAGUCCUUAAUAAAAACAAAAACUAA